AUGAUCACCCAAGUAGUUGAGAAAACCAAAGAGAUGAAAAAUCAUAUGUCCAAAUUGACCAAUGUCUUAGUUGUAAUGGAACGUGGAAAAUUUCGAACACAAGCUCAACCAAAACCUAACGGACAACAUAUGGCACAAAUCUCAGGCUCAGGAGAAAAUAACCUUAAGGAAGUUAUUGCCAUAACUACUCGAUCUAGAAAAGUUAUAGAACCAACCCCCAAACCUAGGGAAAAUGAAAAGGACCCCUAUAGCGCAGAAGAUGGUAUCCCUAGUGAGGAGGUAGUGAAGAAUCCAUCCAAAGUACCAUUUCCUCAAGCUCUCAAGUCUACCGCAAAACCUACCAGACAACAUAGUGAAAUCCUAGAGCACCUCAAACAGGAAAGGAUUUUACCCAAGUAUAAGGACCCUGGUUGCCCCACUGUGUCUUGCACAAUUGGGAACCAUGAGUUUGCACAAGCUCUUCUCGAUUUAGGGACCAGUGUCAAUAUCACACCUUAUGACCUAGGGGUAGUUGAGGAUGUGCUAGUACAAAUUUACAAAUUUUACUACCCUGUGGAUUUUUUUAUUUUGGAUGUGAAAGUAGAUGUGAAUGUUAACUCCAAGAUUCUCACUAUUCUUGGUAGAUCUUUUCUUGCUACAGCUAAGGCUCUUAUCAACUGUAGGAAUGGUUUGAUGAAGCUAUCUUUUGGGAACAUGACCUUAGACGUCAAUAUCUUUCACAUCAUGAAACAGUCUGAGGACGAUGACGAGUUUCAUCAAACAUACAUGAUUGAUGCACUCAUUGAGGAGGAAGUACAUGCGCUUAUUGACUUUGACCCUUUAAAUUCUUUCCUUUUAAAUUCUAAAAUUCCCACAGGGUAUGAUAAUGGGGAAUAUGCUGAUAUUUGUGCUGCUUUUGAUUAUUUUCAGGAUUAUGGAACAUAA